AUGUCUCUUCCAGUCCCGUCAGGGUCAUAUCUCUUCCAGUCCCGUCAGGGUCAUGUCUCUUCCAGUCCCGUCAGGGUCAUGUCUCUUCCAGUCCCGUCAGGGUCAUGUCUCUUCCAGUCCCGUCAGGGUCAUGUCUCUUCCAGUCCCGUCAGGGUCAUGUCUCUUCAGUCCCGUCAGGGUCAUGUCUCUUCCAGUCCCGUCAGGGUCAUGUCUCUUCCAGUCCCGUCAGGGGUCAUGUCUCUUCCAGUCCCGUCAGGGUCAUGUCUCUUCCAGUCUUGUCAGGGUCAUGUCUCUUCCAGUCCCGUCAGGGUCAUGUCUCUUCCAGUCCCGUCAGGGUCAUGUCUCUUCCAGUCCCGUCAGGGUCAUGUCUCUUCCAGUCCCGUCAGGGUCAUGUCUCUUCCAGUCCCGUCAGGGUCAUGUCUCUUCCAGUCCCGUCAGGGUCAUGUCUCUUCCAGUCCCGUCAGGGUCAUGUCUCUUCAGUCCCGUCAGGGUCAUGUCUCUUCCAGUCCCGUCAGGGUCAUGUCUCUUCCAGUCCCGUCAGGGUCAUGUCUCUUCCAGUCCCGUCAGGGUCAUGUCUCUUCAGUCCCGUCAGGGUCAUGUCUCUUCAGUCCCGUCAGGGUCAUGUCUCUUCCAGUCCCGGCAGGGUCAUGUCUCUUCCAGUCCCGUCAGAAUGCCAACGCCCUCAGGACCAUCACAUGGAUGAGUGUCUGGUUAACUUCUAGUUGUUGUGUUUCCUUGCAGGGCAUCAACAUCGUGGGGCCAAGUAAUGCUGAGACCACCCCUCCUGCCAACCCAGGGAUGUACCAGCUGGACAUCACUCUAAAGAAGGGACACAACCUCGCAAUCAGGGACAGAGGAGGGACAAGUGAUCCGUAUGUGAAGUUUAAGAUUGCGGGGAAGGAGGUGUUCAGGAGCAAGACCAUCAAUAAGAACCUGAACCCUGUGUGGGAUGAGAAGGUCAACCUACUGGUGGGCAGCCUCCGAGAACCCCUCUAUGUCAAGGUGUUUGACUAUGACUUCGGACUUCAGGAUGACUUCAUGGGUUCUGCCUACCUCUACCUGGAGUCUCUGGAACAUCAGAGGACCCUGGACGUGACCCUUGACCUUGAGGAUCCCCAGUACCCCGACCAUAACCUGGGAACUCUAGAGCUGGCAGUCACACUGUUGCACAAAGAGGGAGACUUCAGGGAAUCCCAGCAGCAUUCGAGUAUGCGGUUGUCAGAUGUCCACAGGAAAGCUCAGCUGUGGAGAGGUAUAGUGAGCAUCAGUCUGAUCGAGGCUCGUGACCUCCAGCCUAUGGACGCCAAUGGCUUCAGUGACCCCUACGUCAAGUUCAGACUGGGCCAUCAGAAAUACAAGAGCAAGACGAUACCCAAGACUCUGAACCCCCAGUGGAGAGAGCAGUUUGACUUCCAUCUGUAUGAGGAGCAGGGGGGAUUCAUCGACAUCACCGUCUGGGACAAAGACUCAGGCAAGAAGGACGACUUCAUGGGCAGGUGUUCGAUAGACCUGUCGCCGUUGAGUAAAGAGCACACUCAUAAGUUGGACCUGCCGCUGGAGGAGGGCGAGGGCAUGCUGGUGCUGCUGGUCACACUCACGGGGGCAGCAGCAGUGUCCAUCUCGGACAUGUCGGUCAAUAUCCUGGACGACCCACACGAGAGACACCAGAUACUACAGAGAUAUAGUGUGCUGAGGUCGUUCCACAACCUGAAGGACGUGGGAGUGGUCCAGGUGAAGGUAAUCAGAGCAGAGGGGCUGAUGGCAGCAGACGUCACAGGGAAGAGUGACCCCUUCUGUGUGGUGGAACUGAGUAAUGAUCGGCUACAGACACACACAGUCUACAAGAACCUCAACCCAGAGUGGAACAAGGUCUUCACCUUUAACGUGAAGGACAUCCACUCGGUGUUGGAGGUGACAGUGUACGACGAGGACCGAGACAGAAGUGCAGACUUCCUGGGUAAAGUGGUCAUCCCUUUACUAAACAUUCAAAAUGGUGAACGGAAAGCCUACGCCUUGAAAAGCAAGGAGCUGACAGGGCCAACAAAAGGGGUCAUCUUUCUCGAAAUAGACGUGAUUUUUAACGCUGUGAAGGCAGGUCUCAUGACGUUGAUACCCAAAGAGCAGAAAUACAUUGAGGAUGAGCCCAGAGUGUCCAAACAGUUGUUGUUGCAGAACUUCAACAGAGUGAGGCGCUGCAUCCUGUUCCUCAUCAACGCCGGCUGCUAUAUCAACAGCUGUUUCGAAUGGGAUUCGCCUCAGAGGAGUAUCUGCGCCUUCUUGGUCUUUGUUCUGGUGGUGUGGAACUUUGAACUCUACAUGAUUCCUCUGGUUCUGCUGCUGCCGCUGGCCUGGAACUAUAUCCUCAUCGCUUCGGGGAAGGACACCAGCCAAGAUGUGCAAGCGAUGGAGGACUUGCUGGAGGACGAGGAUGAGGACUAUGACAAAGAUGACAAGGACCCAGAGAGAAAGAGCUUCAUCAACAAGCUGUAUGCCAUCCAAGAUGUGUGCAUCAGUGUGCAAAAUGCGCUGGAUGAAGUGGCCUCCUAUGGCGAGAGGAUAAAGAACACCUUUAACUGGACAGUGCCUUUCCUAAGCUGGCUGGCCAUCGUGGCACUAUGUGUGGCCACUGUUCUCAUCUACUAUAUCCCCCUACGCUACAUCGUCCUGGCCUGGGGGGUGAAUAAAUUCACCAAGAAGCUCCGUGACCCGUACACCAUUGACAACAACGAGCUCUUGGACUUCCUGUCCAGAGUCCCCUCAGAUGUACAAGUGGUGCAGUACCGAGAGCUGAAACUGGAUCCCAGUCAUAGUCCAAAUAAAAGAAAGAAAAACAACCCGGGGUAACUGGCUUUGCCCGCCCACUGAAUCUACCCUCCCUCACCCGCCCGACGCCAAGGAGCAUAGAAACACUGGUCUGAACCAGCUGAACUCUCUCUCUCUAUCUCUCUUUCUCUCUCUUCUACUGACUUUGAAUAUACAUGUACAGGCUCCCGAAGUGUAAUUAUCAUAGUACAAAGAGACAACGAGAACAAUCUUAAAUUAUUAUGAAUUUAGAGAUGAGUGUGGAUGAAAUAGUGGACUAUUUCAGACCCAGGUGUUUACUGAACCAGUCUGACAGAUGUCCAAGUCAUGCUGUCCUCGUAAUGUUCAACUAUGAGUGUCACAGUUAUGAGUUCAUUCAAUUAAGGCUUCAGACAUUUCUCCAUAAUAGCCCCAGUAGGAACAUAUAAUUUAACCAUCCCAAAGCUACUUACUAGGGCUGGCAAUUACCAGGGACCUCACGAUACAAUAUUA